GCUGAGUGGCUGUUGUUCCCCAGUUGCUUCCACUUUGUUAUAAUCCCACUAACAGUUGAGCGUGGAAUAUUUAGUAGCCAGGAAAUGUCACGGAUGGACUUAUUGCCCAGGUGGCCACCUAUCACGGGACCAUGCUUGGAGUCACUGAGCUCCUGAGAGCGACCCAUUCUUUCACCAAUGUUUGUAGAAGCAGUCUGCAUGCCUAGGGGCUUGAUUGUAUACACCUGUGUCCAUGGAGGGGAUUGGAACACCUGAAUCACAUGAUAUGGGAGGGGAUUGGAACACCUGAAUCACAUGAUAUGGAGGGGAUUGGAA